AUGCCGGUGGAUAGUUUGGAUUUGGAGACAUGCUCCUUCUCGGUGCAGGGCUCCACCUUCGAGGUGCCAAAGCGGUACCAGAUAGAUGAGCCCAUGAGUCACGGAGCCUACGGCAUAGUAGUCUCUGCCGAGGAUCAGGAGAUUGAGGAGAAAGUUGCGCUCAAGAAGAUCGAAGGUGUCUUCGAGCACAUUACGAUCGCAAAGCGCACCUUGCGGGAGCUCCGGAUCCUGCGGCAUCUCCAGCACGAGAAUCUCAUGCAGGUCAAGAACAUCUUCAUGGUGGGUUCCAGAUAUGCAUUCCAGGAGCUUUACGUCGUGUCGGAGCUAAUGGAGACAGACUUGGCAUCUACCCUGAGGUCUUCUCAGAUGCUGACAGAUGAUCACUGCCAGUUCUUUCUGUACCAAAUCCUUCGGGGAAUGAAGUAUGUGCACUCGGCUCAGGUCAUCCACCGAGACUUGAAGCCCAGGAAUCUUUUGGUGAACAGCAACUGCGACCUGAAGAUCUGCGACUUCGGCUUGGCCCGAGUGCGCUUCUCCGACAAGGAGUGGGUGUGCCCGAUGACCGAGUACGUGUGCACUCGGUGGUAUCGUGCUCCAGAGGUGCUGUGUUCUUGGACAGACUACUCAUGUGCCAUUGACAUCUGGUCCAUCGGCUGCAUCUUGGCCGAGAUGUCAACGCGCAGGCCGCUUUUUCCAGGGCAGAGCACGCAGAAUCAGCUGGACAUGAUCAUCGAUCUUCUCGGCUCUCCUGAUUCUCAGGAGCUCAUGAAGAUUCCGAAUGAGAAGUGUCGUAAGUUCAUUAAGUCGCUGCCAGUGCACGCGACCAAGAGCUUUCCAGAGGUCUUCAAAUCUAUGCCAGAACCUGCGGUAGACAUCCUCAGGAAGAUGCUGCGCUGGGACCCUUUGAGCAGACUCAGCGUUGAGGAGGCCAUCGCGCAUCCUUAUUUGGACAAGUUGCACUGCCCUGAGGAUGAACCCACAAGAGAGCCGCUAGACACGACAGACUUCGAGUUCGAGCGCAGGAAGAUCACGCUACCGGCGCUUCGCGAGGAAAUUUUCAGAGAAGCGCUGGAGCAUUUCCCCGAAGUCAAGGAGCGCUUCGAUCAGGCCCGGGCUCGCUGUCAAUGA